GAGUAAGCUCGUCACGUGACCGCGAGUCUUACCCACAUCCAUGCGCAUGCUGGAAAAAAUGUUUUAAAAUCAUUGCUGUACACAGCGACACACGUACCGGGUAAACUGAGAGCCUCAGGUGGAGGUUGAAUUAUAAAGGAUGCGUCGUCUGGGCUCCGUUCAGCAGAAGAUACCGUGUGUUUUUCUGACCGAGGUGAAGGAAGAACCGUCCAGAAAACGGGACUGUCAGCAAUUUCAGGUUGUGGCCAGUGAAAGUGUGAACCCUGUUGCCCUGGAGGCCAACAUUGAUUGUGCGCUGGCCACAGAAAAACUAGACGGCACCUGCUGUUACGUUACAUUAUAUAAAGGGCAACCUUACCUCUGGGCUCGACUCGACAGGAAACCAAACAAGCAGGCAGAGAAGAGGUUCAAAAAGUAUCAGCAUGCCCACAGGAGCUGUAAAGGAUUCACAUGGAGCGUAGAGGAAGAUUUUAAGACGGUGCCAGAGGCGUGGAUCCCCGCCCACAGAGUCAAACACCACAAUGACCAACCAGUGCCUGAUGAGCACGGACACAUUCCAGGCUGGGUUCCCGUGGAGAGGGACAACAAACAGUACUGCUGGCACUCCUCUGUGGUGGAUUAUGAAGUCGGGGCGGCUAUUGUUCUCAGGCCCAGCGCUGAUGAUGAUGACGUGCUAGAAAUCGCUGCAGUGCCGCUGGCUGACCUCCUGGAACAAACACUGGAGCUCAUCGGGACCAACGUCAACGCAAACCCUUACGGACUGGGGAGUAAGAAGCAGCCGAUUCACUUCCUGGUGUCUCACGGGAGUGUUCGAAUCGGAAACCCUCCACCGGUCGACUAUCAGCAGCUCCGCUCCUGGUUCCAGGAGAGUCCAGAGGGCCGAGUCGAGGGCAUCGUCUGGCACUGCAACGACGGCACGCUCGUUAAGGUUCAUCGUCAUCACCUGGGACUGAGGUGGCCUGACGGGGAGUCCUGCCUCGUUGAAAAGUCGGUGCUCGUUCAUGUCGACGGGACGGUUGAUGAAUACAACAACAGCAGCAGGGACUUGUUUUCAUCCUUCGCUGCAUUAAAUGGACAAUGUUUCAGCCGACUGCAGGACGUACAGUUAGACUUGUAAACAGUCAGUGAGGAUCAAACGUCUGUUGCUGCGACUCUGUAAAGGUUUGUAAGCCUGUUGACAGCUGGCAGAUCUGUUCACCAGUACUUCAUGAAGGGCGUGUACGACUGCAUGGUGACAGUUUAAUGUUUACUUAAAGAGGAAUGUGUACAGCGUCAGUUUGAAAAUGACUGAAGUUAAGGCCCUGACACACCAAGGAGAUCAUCGGCUGUCAGUGAGCGGCCGUCGCCCUAGUUUGUGCGGUGUGUCCGUCUCCGUUGCUACCCGUCAACCUUUUUUUGGCUGAUCCGACAUGAUCGGCGGUCGGUGAGAGGAAUCUUUCUGAUUGGCUGUUCAGAGGUUUCAUUUAUCUCCAGCUCUCAGGGUCAGGAAAGCCCCUUGAGCAUGCUGCUGUAGUCUCCAUGCUUUCACCCAUUAGUGCAGUUUCUCCUUAUUUGUCACCUCCACCUCUUCUUUUCCACUAAAAGACCAAGGGCUGACAACGCCUGCGCCAUUUUCAACUUUUUAAUCAGACAUUAUUCUGGAUGAGUAGGCUACCUGUAAUACGAGAGGUGAGUGACAGCAGUGUGAAAAUGAUCUUCUCGUAUCAUAACGAGCUACCGCCGCCUGCUGGCAUGGAGAGUUAUUUCCUCUCACACAUGCGCAGAACAUGCGUUGUGGUUGUGCCGUCGUCUGAAGUCUAUGCGGUGUGUUCAAGUGCAACUUUUUGGCCAAGACGUGUAGUUCUUUGCCAUCUGCUUGGUGUGUCAGGUCCUUUACGCUACAUGUUCCAUUAAUUUACUGUAAAUACUGAAAAGAGCUCUUUAUUGCCAAGUGAAGAAUAAACAGCGAGUCUGUAAAUAUUUA